CCUGAAAGUAAGAAAAUGGUGUUGGCAUCUGCUGGGACUAAAUGGAGACAGUUUAAGACUGACUUAACAAAUAAACAUGUGCUGCCUUACUUGGGAAAGAGGAAGAAAUUGAGAAAGCCUCCGAAGGGGUAUGAAUUCGUUGGGUUAUUGCCAUGGAGAGAAUUUGUAAAACAGAGGAGUACAGAACAAUGGCUGAAACUUCAUCAUGAACAAAGUCAGCGAGUGAAGAAGAGAAAAUAUCAUCACAAAUUAUCAAGAAAGGGUUAUAUUGGACUAGAGGAGGAAUUGAGAGAGACUUGGCCUGAAGGAAAGGUAAUUGAUCAUGCAGUGUUAUGGAAGAAAGCUCGUGUACCUAAAAAUGGGAAGAUAGAUGAGGAGGUGACACCAAUAGCAUCAAAAAUUGAUGAAUUGCUAGAGAAGAAGAGUAAGGGUGAGCUAGACAUUUCAAGAAGUGAUGAUGUAUUGACUCAGGCACUAGAAACUCCUGAACACCCGGGUAGGGUGAGGGGUGUUGGAGGUUUUGUCAAUCUAACCACAUACUUUAAUCUUCCGAAGCAGAGAAGGGUCACAAUUACUAAAGCAGAAUUAUUGGCCCGUGAUAGAGAACGAGAUAGGGAGUUGCAAGAGACAAAGAAAUUGCUUUAUGAACAACAAGCAAAGACAGAAGAGCUCUUUAAUAAAAGGCUUGCUGAAUUAGAAGCACGUUUCUCAGAAAAGACACCCUAUGCACCUCCUAUGAAUGUUGCUGUUUUUGAAAACAAUCUGCUGACACAAAUAUCAGAUAAAGGCAGUUUCCAUGAUGCAGCAAAAAAGAACUCAUUUGAUCUUAAUGAUAAUGUGAAAGUAAAUGUGGACGACUGCAAGAUUAUUCCUCCCCCUACUGAUAUGGGUAACACAUGUGAGUUAGCAGUGGAUACCAUCAGCAACAUAGUUGCUUUUGGUACCGUAUUCGAUGACGAGGAUAUGACAAUGACAAUACAUGGAGUUCCAUUGAAGGAGGGAUGUCUUAAGGUAUCGGUGGAUGGUGAUAUUCAAGGUGACGCACGACUUCCUUUUCCUGUAUUAGGUGAGAUGGAAUUGGUUCGUGAAGCUAUUGGAAGUCACGUAGCUUGGCCUGAGGAGCUUGUUAUUCGGAAACAUCCAUCAAAGAACAACAACAAGAAGAAGUGUCCUAUUGUGAAAUCAUUGUUCGAUAAAGCUGAGCUACACCCUUUUGUGCCCAAGCGCUGCAAGUUAUUGUACAAACAUGCCAAAACUAUAAUGGAAGAGACUAAUGAGUCAAUAAGCACAGUGUUGGAUGAUGAAGUCAUUGACGUGCCAAAAGAACUCUACAUCUUAACUGAGAAUGUGACUAAUCUCUUAGAAAUGAAGUGGAUUGGCCAAGGAGUGAUAGCAGCAUACAUGGCGCACCUACAUGAAAUUAUUAGUCAAAGGGAUGAGUUGGAUACAUUCGCUUUUAUUGAUCUAGCAGCCACAUAUAAAUGUGAAAGACCAGGAUUUCAUCCAUACUUGGUGGACCGGUUGAAAGAGGGGAAGACUGACCGUAUAUUUUUUAUGCCAUAUAACCCGGGGGAACAUUGGAUAUUGACAAUUAUUUGGGAGGAUGAAAUCUACAUGUUGGACCCUUUGCCUAAACCAGUCCAUUACCAAUCAUGGGAGAACAUAGUGAUAAAUGCGGUUAAAGCUUUCAACGCUGAAACGGGUAGGGUUAACAAAGUGCCCAAGGUGAAAUUUCUUCCGGGCGUACCUAAGCAACCGGGUGGAGUUGAGUGUGGCUAUUAUGUGAUGCGAUAUAUGAAAGAUAUUAUAAAUGAUGACACUCUUUCAUUUUCAACCAAGUGGGCGUCAAAGAGUCGGAACUCAUAUACCCAAGAGCAACUUGAUGAGGUGCGCAUUGAAGCGGCUGACUACUUGCAGACUUUGCUAUAGCUAGAUCUUGACAAGCAAUAUGAUUUUGAGUAAGGCUAGAUUUUGCUGACCAUUUUGUAGUAGAUAUAUGGAGUGAUAUCAGGAUGAAUUGUGAACAAAUUAUGCUGCAUGUAGUUAUUGCAGUAGUGGUAUCUUCUACACUAGCCUUAAAUUAUGUUAGGGUUUAUUGUGCAAAACUUUUGAAACUACCUCAAGCUCUAAUUGUGUAUAGAAAUUAAUACAAUUCCCUAAUAUUUAAAGUACAUUUGAAUUUCAUGUUAUUUGUGGAUUA